CUUCUCUCGCUAUAAAGAGGGGCAUUGCAUCCAUCCGAGCUGUAGCCCGGAGGUGAGGGUGGGCUUAGUGCAUGGCCAUUACCUCUCUCUACCUUAGAUAGCGUGUGCCUCUUUCUCUGAAGAGGAGGAAGAUAAGAUCUUCACAAAUAUACAUAGCUUCUUUCUCUUUGAUUCUUCCUUUCUUGUUUUCCCCCUCUUCUUCUUGAUCUACAACACCAUCGGUCGAUUCUAGCAUCCUUGUUUUUUCUUCCCCAAGGAUCUUGCUAGCUUCCUUCAAAUUUCAUGCAAAACUAAUACAAGUUCUUCCAACUUUUAACCUCGUCUCCGUUCUCUCUUUCUUUUUCUUCGCCCUUCGGCAAUCUCAUCGAUCGAGAUGGAAAACGUUCUUCUGGAUCAAUCCACCGGAAGCUUCGAGCUCCCGAGGGGCGUCAGCCGCUGCCGGUGGGGGCUCGGCGCGAGACGGCCGGUGACGCCACGCGGCUCAUACAGCGGCUCCUUUCCGAUGUGUCAGCCAUACCAUGACCUGCACAAAGGUAGCGCGUGGAGCUCGGCUCCCGAGCUUCCGUACGCGAGGCCACCGAUAUACUCGUCGCCCUCUCUUCCUCUCCUGCCGUCCAACCAACCGCCUCUCCUGCCGCUCCCACCCACCGCCACCAAGUACGCCACUUUCCCUUGCCUACCAGCUGCUCCACCGCCUCCACGUGCCGGCAGGGGCGCGGCAGCGCCGGCAACCACCACUGUUCCAACGCCAGCCCCUGCGCCGCGCCAGAGGGACAGGAGGAGGAGGCCGGCAAGGCCGCCGCCGACGUCGACAGAGCCGCCCAGGGCGCAGAAGAAGAAGCCGCUGGAGCGGGCGACGCCUCUGCCGCCCACGCCUGUGGUGACCGAGGCGCUGGACGACCUCGAGCAGGAGGUGGCCAGGAACUUUGUCCAGGACCUGCUGCACGCGCUCGCGCCGCCGCCCAGCAGCCUGCCGCUGCCCAGGUUCUCCAUCAUCGUGAAGGCGUCCCCCGCCACGGCCGCCGGGGUGGUGGCGCCAGUCGCGCCGUCCUGCAACGUGGAGGCCGCCCCCGCUGACGGCAUCCGCGGCCUCCUCCGCCUGUAGGGAGAAGGCUCCUGCCGUGUUCGGUGCUCUUGGUGCGUUUGUUUCUAUAAUAUCUCCCCUCCAAUAUUAUUUCUUUGGCUGGGAAAAUACGUACUAAAAGUAGAAAAAUAUUGGGAAAAAGAAGUGAUGCUCGAGCUAUGGUCGGUCGAGUUGUCCGUAGUGUGACUGUGAUGUUGGCGUUGGAUGGAUGCUACCUCCGGCGGUGCAAAAGCUAUCGAGAUGAAGAAGACGAUGUCAGCGAAGGUUAGUUUGUGUGAGACGUCGUGUGGUAAAUACCUAGGGUUUUACGACGUGAUGUCUACCCACGUAAUACCUACUGUAUGUAGUCUUGCUUUCUUGAUUGGGGUGAUGAGUUUUUGAAUUACCUUGUAUCAAGACAUUACUACAUAUUGUGUAGUAGUGUGACUUUAAUUAUAUAUCAAAAUGUGUGUCCUAGACAAAGUAUUGAAGUGUUGAA